CAUUUCCACUGUAUAAAUAUCCGAUUGGGUUUGGUCUUCUUUCCCAACUCUCUGGAGAGAAGAAGAGUGAGAGCAAGAAUCUGCAACAGCGAUGGCUUCACGUCUGUUCUUCGUUUCCUCUGUUCUUCUACUGCUCUCCUGUGCUGUUUCCGGAUCCGUCUUCGAUGAUUUGAAUCCAAUUCAGAUGGUCUCUGACCGUCUUCGUGAGUUGGAGUUGGAGGUCGUUCGAGUCAUCGGCCAAGCUCCUCACGCUCUCCGAUUUGCUCGAUUCGCUCACAGGUAUGGGAAGAGCUACGAGACGGCGGAGGAGAUGAAACUCCGAUUCGGAGUUUUCUUGGAGAGUUUGGAACUGAUAAAAUCGACUAAUAGAAAAGGCCUUUCUUACAAGCUUGGUGUUAAUCAAUUUGCGGAUUGGACGUGGGAGGAGUUCAAGAAAUACAGGCUAGGAGCUCCUCAAGAGUGCUCUGCUACCACAAAGGGCAGCCACAAACUUACUGAUGUUGUUCUUCCUGAAUCGAAAGACUGGAGAAAAAAUGGCAUAGUCAGCCCUGUUAAAGAUCAAGGCCAAUGUGGUUCUUGCUGGACAUUCAGUACUACUGGAGCGCUAGAAGCGGCCUAUGCACAAGCAUUUGGAAAGGGAAUCUCCCUGUCCGAGCAGCAGCUGGUGGAUUGUGCAGGUGCUUUUAACAACUUCGGCUGCAAUGGUGGACUGCCUUCCCAGGCUUUUGAGUACAUCAAGUACAAUGGUGGCCUUGAAACUGAAGAAGCAUAUCCUUACACUGGAAAAGACGGCAAAUGCGAAUUCGUAGCCGGGAAUGCUGCAGUACAAGUCAUUGAUUCUGUGAACAUCACUCAAGGCGCUGAAGAUGAAUUGAAGGAAGCAGUUGGUCUUGUUCGACCAGUAAGCGUAGCGUUUGAGGUGGCUAGCGAUUUUCGCUUGUAUACAAAGGGAGUUUACACCAGUGAAUUAUGCGGCAAUACUCCUCAGGAUGUAAACCACGCCGUGCUUGCGGUCGGUUAUGGGGUCGAAGAUGGUGUCCCAUACUGGCUUAUAAAGAACUCCUGGGGAGACAAAUGGGGUGAACAUGGCUACUUCAAGAUGGAGCUGGGCAAGAACAUGUGUGGUAUUGCAACUUGUGCUUCAUACCCCAUUGUUGCAUAGAGUGCGGAAAUGGCAAAGCUUGUUGCAGGGAAAGCAAGGUAGUGCGGUAUUAAGGUACGGCUAUGGUGGGCAGGACGUGCAAGUUAAAGCUUCCAAUUCUUGUAGUUUAUAUCAUUAAAUGCAGACUGUAAAGUGAUGAUGUUGUUGUUGUAAAUUUGCAUAGCCAGAGAUGGUGGGACAAGUUUGAUCUCUAUGUACCAUUCUCUAGAUAUUAGAACCUUCCAAUAAAAUUAUAAUUAUAAUUAAAUUAUUUGAGGUA